AUUACCAAGGAUAUUAUUUUGACGACAAUAAUACAAAUACAUGCAGAUGAAAACUGCUCCUGUUUUACAUGCACAUUUAUUUGGCAGAAACAAAAAUGGAACAGGCAAUAUCGAAAUCUUGAUAUUUUGGCCGGACCUAUUAUUAUACGUCUGUUGUUGUUUCACCGGAAGAUGUUUUGUGAUGUACUACUUGGUAGCCGUGUCGUCGACUGAGGAGGACCACUGAGAACAAGUUUGCACGAAUUGUAUAAUGCAUAUAGCUAACGCGCUUGAUUAGCAGUUUUACUCAUACAUUCUAUGCUUCACAUCGGCACAGCACGAAACCAAGAUAUAUACGGAAUUUGAGCAGACUUGUCCUGCCCAGCCAUGGCAGCGUUGUCAGAGGAGGUGCUGCUGGUUGUGAAGAGGGUCCGACAGAGGAAGCAGGAUGGGACGCUCUACCUGAUGGCUGAGAGGAUAGCCUGGGGACCGGAAGGAAAAGACCGCUUCACUGUCAGCCACCUGUACGCAGACAUACGCUGUCAGAAGAUCAGCCCGGACGGCAAGGCCAAGAUUCAGCUGCAGUUGGUCCUCCACACGGGGGAGAGCACCAACUUCCACUUCUCCAAUGAGAGCACAGCCCUGAGGGACCGCGACGCAGCCAAGGACCUGCUGCAGCAGCUGCUGCCCAAGUUCAAGAAGAGGGCCAACAAGGAGCUGGAGGAGAAAAACAGAAUGUUACAAGAAGAUCCGGUGCUGUUCCAGCUCUACAAGGAUCUGGUGGUGAGUCAGGUGAUCAGCGCUGAGGAAUUCUGGGCCAAUCGGCUGAGCCUGAACAAUGUGGACCACUCUGCCUCCAACAACAAGCAGGAAGUCGGCAUCUCUGCAGCCUUCCUGGCAGACAUCCGGCCACAGACUGAUGGCUGUAACGGCCUGAGGUACAACCUUACGUCUGACAUCAUAGAGUCAAUCUUCAGGACAUACCCUGCUGUGAAACAGAAGUAUGCUGAGAACGUUCCUCACAACCUGACCGAGAAGGAGUUCUGGACGCGGUUCUUCCAGUCGCACUACUUCCACCGGGACCGAAUCAGCACCGGCCUGCAGGACAUCUUCUCGGAGUGCGCCAAGCAGGAUGAGAAGGGCCUGAGGUCCAUGGUGGUCCAAGGAGUGAAGAAUCCUCUGGUGGACCUGUUGUCACUGGAGGACAAGACGUUAGACGAGGGCUAUGGAUCUAACUCCAUGGCACCUUCCACGUCCAGCGCUAACAAGACGGUGAAGGAGAAUAGUAACUCUGCCAUCAUCAAGAGGUUCAACCAUCACAGUGCCAUGGUCCUGGCCGCAGGAGCUGGCAAGAAGGCGGAUGCGCCUAACGACCAGGCCAGUGAAACCAGCAGUACGGACGGAAACUCCAGGGACUCCGACUUCUUCCAGCCACCUGUUAAGAAGGUGAAAAUACAAGAGGCCAUAGAGUAUGAAGACCUUCACAUGGAGAACGGGAAGAAGACUGUUGCCCUGAACCUCAAAAAGUCAGAUAGGUACUCUCAUGGUCCAGUACCUCUCUUGCCCCAACAGUACACCACCAGUCAAGACAUCAUCAACUCAGUCAACUGUAUCCAGCAGGAAAUAGCCAACUACAAACCCUGCCUCACUCAGGUGAUGUCCAGCAGUACAGCCAGUUCUGCCAUCGCUGCCCUUUCCCCAGGAGGUCUACUCAUGCAGGCAGGGUCGCAGCAGGCCAUUAACCAGAUGGUGCCCAGUGAUGUUCAGGGGGAGCUGAAACAUCUGUACACGGCUGCGGGAGAGCUGCUGAGACACUUCUGGUCCUGUUUUCCUGUUAACACACCCUUCCUGGAGGAGAAGGUGGUGAAGAUGAAGUCCAACCUGGAGAGAUUCCAGAUGACCAAGCUCCGCCCUUUCCAGGAGAAGAUCCAGCGACAGUACUUGAGCACUAACCUCACGGGACACCUGGAGGACAUGUUUCAGAUGGCCUACAAUAAAUUCCACGCCUGGCAAACACGUCAGAUGCUGAGGAAAACCUGAGAGGAAACCGGUCCGACAGACGGGUUGUCAUAGAGACGGGGGGAGGGUGGUGGUGGCAAUGACGUUGAAUGAACUAGGUGGCCGGACGGACCUUGGCCCUUACCGACCAGGCUGCCGUGACCGAGGAGACAUCGAGAACGCGGUUCAGUGUGUCCCAGUGGCUGGUUGAAGAUGGGGACCCAGACGGGCUCCUGAACUGGCACAUCUACCGGUUAGGCCGGCAGAGACUAACUCACUAACUUGAUUUCCAUCACAAAUUACUGUAAAUUAGUUUCUUUCCGUUUUUGUUUUUGCCGUUUUCCUUGUCAUGGGAAGAUGUUUGGAUGGCACUCCCCUUUAAGGGUUGGACGAACAAUGUAAAAACAAAAUUUAAAUUGUGUAAAACGACCAAAUUUCAGGCGCAAAGUCGAAAAAGGAACUCUCAGGAACUGAACAGACAAUGUAAAAUAAGCAAAAUACUUGUGGCGCUUUUAUCAGUAUUCAUUACACACACUCACAUUAGACCUAAAGGACUAGUUUGUGAUUUUAGAACUUCAUGUUAAAUGGUUCCUCAUCCUGAGAGUAGUGUUACUGUUUAGGAUGAAGAACUACUUAACCUUCAGUUGUAAAAUAGUAAGAAGCUCUUUUAAUGUUGGAGAUGGAGCUCUCGAAACAGGUGCAGUUCUGUCUUCCCUCCAGCCCCCCCAGGUAGGGGGCGGACCAGGCCCUGGAAGCCUGUAAUGUCUGCUAAUGAGGGCGGGCGGGCUGGCUGGUGAGUGAAUAUAGCAAUAAUGUAAAGACGUUUUUUUUUUUCUCACACUGUAGUGCAUUAUUAGGAUGGUUGCGUCCAAAAUGCCACACUAUUCUGUAGUAUACUGCUUCAGAUCAGAGCCCUGUGGGCCGGGUCAAAAGCAGUUCACUAUUUAGGGAAUAGGGUGUGAGACUGUGUGACUCUGCCCCAAUCACACUUGAAAGCUGCACUGGUUUGUAAUGUCUAUUCUGUACUUUCUUGGUCAGUGGUAUUCAAAUCUGGCUCUCCAAGCCGAUUCUGUUCCAUUUGUCCGUUGCAACCCCCUGAUCAGAGACUAAGCCUUCUGUUCUACCUCAUCAUUAAUUGCACCUACCUGGUGUCCCAGGUCUAAAAACAGUCCCUGAUUAGGGGGUUGCAAUUAAACAGUUGAGUGGGACUGGCUUCGAGGGCCAGAUUUGAACACCACUGUUCUGGAUGCACUGAAGACAAACUCUAAUGUCUGGAUGUAAUCUCAAACAUUAAAGUAAAAAUGUUCAUG